CGGAAGCUGUAUCUUCAGCAGUGGAAGUCGUUGAUAAUGACAGUCGAAAUCACGCCCCGAAAAAUGUUUAGAUGACUCUUAGAAAUCGUUACUUUAGGGACACAUUUGCUACUAAGGAUUCAAGACAGGGUUUGUUAGCAAGAAAGACCAUUUUCAAAGGAUUGACAUGCAAGUCUUAGCCCUCAUUAUCACGAACGCCGGCUUCUUGUCCGCCAUUAUGGGUCCGAACAAAUCUUUCAAUGUCAUUCCUGGCUACAGCAAGGUGUCAGUGUGGUAUUUUCCUGUUUGAACGUUGAAGCCAUGAUUUUCAAAUAUAGAGGGACGACUAUACGUCUCUUUAGUACAAAGCUGUUUAUUUUGGUUAUGGUGGGAAUUGGAGCAGUCAUUGCGGUGUUGACGCUACACGAGAUCAUUGCUUUCGAUCCGUCUGGCAAUAUGGACUCUCCACCUUACAAUAAUGGUUUUUAUCUAAAUCGGCCGCAGAAUAAUCCACUUGUGACAAAAUCAAUCGAAAACGCUAUCAAAACUGAAGGAAGGAAUGAAAAUAUAAACAUCAAUAUCCCGCAAGAGAGCUUACGUGUUACAACAAAACGACCAACUCUUAAUUCUUCUCUAAACAAAAGCGUUGAACCUGAGAUUCUGAAACUUAGACAUUUCGUAAGGACUUUGAAUGAAGCGCAGUUCAUCAGAAAUGGCGACAAAUUCGGCACGACUUUGUCUCCAGGUUCAAUUGUGAUCAUUAUUCAAGUGCACGAUAGAAUUGAUUAUUUUUCUCAUUUACUAACUUCUCUGAGGCGCUCGAGAGGAAUCGGAGAUGCCUUGGUUAUCGUGAGUCAUGACUACUACUCCGUGGAAAUGAACAAAUUGGUGGAAUCCAUCGACUUUUGUAGAGUCAUGCAAAUCUUUUUCCCAUUUUCAUAUCAGCUUUAUCCAAAUGAGUUUCCUGGAACUGAUCCUCAGGACUGCCCAAGAGAUAUCAGCCGAGAGAAAGCCAGAGAAAUGGGCUGUAUCAAUGCAGAGACACCAGACAUGUAUGGUCAUUACAGACAAGCACCAUUUACCAUGAUAAAACAUCACUGGUGGUGGAAGGCAAACACAGUAUUUGACUUGCUGAAUGCUACAAAAGACUUUGCAGGCCCAAUAUUAUUCCUUGAAGAAGAUUAUUAUGUUAGUCCAGACUUCUACCACAUGUUAAAAUUGGUGUAUAAUGGCAAAAUGAGUGGUUGUAAGGAGGACUGUGAUUUGAUAACCUUGGGUACAUACAAAGUUGUGGAUAAUUAUGAACUGAAUGGUGCUAAAGACAUGGCAGCCCUUUCAGUUUGGAGAUCACAUGAACACAACAUGGGGAUGGCAUUUGAUAGAAUGACUUGGAAUAAAAUAAAAGAAUGUAGUGAGGUUUUUUGCAAGAGCUAUGAUGAAUACAAUUGGGACUGGUCUUUGAUGAAGAUAAGUGUGUCCUGCUUGCCACAGCCACUCAAGUCGCUCAUUCUCAAGGGUCCAAGAGUUUUUCACCUAGGAGAAUGUGGUCUUCAUCACAAGAAAGCUGAUUGCAAGAUUGAAGCUACUGUGCAGAGGUUCCAAACCAUCAUAGAGAAGAACACAAACAGCCUUUUUCCACCCUCGGUGAACAUACAGCCGGGUGACAACAAUAUAGGUUCUAAAUUUAGUCCUAACGGGGGAUGGGCGGAUACAAGGGAUCAUACACUGUGUUUCCAGUUGAUGCAAAAGAGGUGAUGCACAGCAAAGGAAGUUCUUCGUGGGUAACAUGAAAUCAUACCUUAGAAAAGAGGUAGAUUUAAAUUGCCCUGUAUAAAAGCUUAACGACUGACUUCUAAUCUUCCAUUCCAUGGAUCAAAAGCAGUGCUAAAGAUGUACAGAUCCUAAAUUAAAAUGAAAAAACUUGAGUCAAGCAGAUAACGAGUUGAUGGUAUUUUUGUACGAAUGGAUGAUGUUCCAGUUCUGCUGUAGUGUUUGGUAUUAGUUUUUGAUCCACCCCUUUCCAAUCAUUCUUGAACUCUUAAGCUAGAACUAUUUUUUUAAAUGUAAGUACUCUUUGUAAACAGUGUAUUUAAUACAAAUUAACUUUUACAAACCAUGCAGCAAAUAUAUGGUCAGUUUAGGAGUCAGAAGCCUGGUCCAGAAGGAACUUAUCACAGUUUAUUUGGCCCCACCCCACCCCCCUCAGGCUUUGCUAACAGUUUGCCUCUACCUCUUUAUAAUUUUUUGUUGAAGACACACUGCAAGAGUUACUUGUAAGUGUCCUAUUCAUUGGCAAAGCACAUGUUCCAGCUGAUAGUCCAAUCUGGCCCAAGGAUCCUGGGCACCACUGGUAAUCACUGAGCUAUCCCAUCUCCCUCCCCAAAACAAUAUAGAAGUUACAUAACAGGUCUGCAGUUAUCUCAGCCUGUGCAACUUUUAAGGUGAAGUGUUGAGUUUUUGGGUUUGAAUCAACUGUGGAAUUCCUUACUAAAUUUUCAAACCAUGAUUACAUCGGAACGAAUUUCAUAGUACUUGUUUUUAACAAGACAUGUACAUACAUGUGAAGUAUCAAACAUAAAACCUACAAUUCUAGGAUUUGUUGAGUUUAAUGUGCAUAAGCUUCAGUUUUGGUCUUUUUUCCAGGUUUUACUUCAUCUCCAAUUCUCUCUUCCAAAAAGGUGCAAUCAAAAAGUGCAACUGUUUUCAAGUUUGGUUAUAGCUUUGCCCCACAUGUUCUCUUUCAAAAAGGGAAAUCUGCUGUGGCAAUUAAGAAAACAGUAAUACUUGUUAUAAGUGGUGUCGUAUGGCAUCAGAAUGCAGUCACUUCACAAUUAUUUAAGUAAAAUAGCUCAACAAUGUGUCACGAGUUAUUUGUUUAGUCAGGGCUUAAAAAUGUGUAGUGUCAUAGACUUGUAUCCCAUUCACACCAAAGCUUUAAUAUGUUAAAGCUGUUUUGUUUUACAUUGUCAACUUGAAAUUUAGCACAGAUUUGCUGGUGUGAAUGAGGGUCUUCCCAUCUCCCACAGUUAACAAUACAAUGUACAUGUCCCAAUUUAUUCUGUUUUGACCCUAUAAAUCCUAAGAUCUGUUAAUUCUCCCCUCUAACAACCACACUUUCCUUGGAAAUUAGUGACAAGAAUUUGGUAUUAGAUUUAGAUAAAAAAAAAAUAACCUGAUAAGUUUGUCUCAAAAGGACUGGGGACUACCG